AUGGCGGGCACACGGGCACACAGCCACCUCCUGCAGUCGUUGCUCUGCCAGCUGUGCUGCGGCUGUGGCUGCAGUGCCUGCCGUGGGCUCCGCGUGUCCACGGGCACCCGCAUCCUCUACACGCUCCUACACGUCCUGGCCUCUGCUGUCUGCUGCCUCAUGCUGUCCCGCACUGUGGCCCAGGCCGUCAGGGAGAAGAUGCCCUUUUCGGCGGUGCUGUGCGAACACCUGCCCGGGGGCAGGGACUGUGAGCAGAUGGUGGGCUCCUCAGCUGUGUACCGGGUCUGCUUUGGCACCUCCUGCUUCCACCUGGCACAGGCUGCUCUGCUCUUCAAUGUGCGCUCUAGCACCGACUGCCGUGCUCAGCUCCACAACAGGUUCUGGCUCCUGAAACUGCUGCUGCUGGUGGGGCUCUGUGCCGCCAGUUUCUUCAUCCCCGAGGACGGCUUCAUCCAAGCCUGGCACUACACCGGUGUCUGUGGGGGCUUCGCCUUCAUCCUUAUCCAACUGGUGCUGAUCACAGCCUUUGCCCACACCUGGAACAAGAACUGGCUGACGGGAGCGGCGCAGGACAAGCGGUGGUACCUGGCUGUGCUGCUGGCCACUGCAACCUUCUACACCCUCGCCUCGGCUGCCUUCUCCUUCCUCUACAAGUACUACACCCACCCAGCUGCCUGCCUUCUCAACAAGGUGCUGCUCACCCUCAAUGGCAGCCUCUGCGGCCUCAUGUCCUUCAUCUCCAUCACACCCUGCGUGCGGCUCCGGCAGCCACGGUCAGGGCUGCUGCAGUCCUCCAUCAUCAGCUGCUACGUGAUGUACCUCACCUUCUCCGCACUGUCCAGCCGGCCCCCAGAGAGAGUGCUCUACAAGGGGCAGAACCUCACCGUCUGCUUCCCGGGCGUGCGGCAGGAUGAGCUGCAGACCGAGGACACCACUGUCGCUGUGCUGGGGGCUGCCAUCAUGUACGCCUGUGUCCUCUUUGCAUGCAAUGAAGCCUCCUACCUUGCUGAGAUCUUUGGGCCACUCUGGAUGGUCAAAGUCUACAGCUUCGAGUUUAAAAAACCGUCCUGCUGCUUCUGCUGCCCUGAGAAGAUGGAGGAGGAGCUGAGAGGUGGGUGCAGAGCAGACACUGGGUGCCUGUGUCCCAUCACAGAGGUGCAGUGAGCAGGGGGGGCAGGACCCACCCUGCUCCCCUCUGCUUUCCCAGGAACCGAGCCAACCCGUGAACAAGUGGAGGAGAAGGAUGGGGGACAGUGCAUGGUCCAGGAUGAGCGAGACCGGGUGGUCUACAGCUACUCAGCCUUUCACUUUGUCUUCUUCCUUGCAUCACUCUAUGUCAUGAUGACCCUCACCAACUGGUUCAGCUACGAGAAUGUGGUGCUGGAGACCACCUUCACACAUGGCAGCUGGUCAACCUUCUGGGUGAAGAUGUCCUCGUGCUGGGCCUGUGUGCUGCUCUACCUCUGGCUGCUGCUGAGUCCCCUCUGCCUCCGCAGCUCCCCCCAGCACCAUCGCAGCAGCUCAGCUGUGCGUGUCCUGCGACGACGACGUGCUUCGCAGCGCAUCAAUGUCUCCACGUAG